AUGUCAUCACAAAGGUGUCUGAAGUUUGUCCAAAGUGUCUUUGAAUCUUUCCAGGCCAAUUCUGGAUUGGAACCAAGGCUCCUCAAUGGUCUUCGUGUAACAGCAGCUCGCCCCGGCGUCGUAAACUUCGAACUCCCAAUCGAAAAACACCACACCGUGAGCCCUUUCUCCCCCUUUCCAUUCGUCAGCAUACUUAAUAAAAUAUCAGNNAACCGUCUCAAUAUCCUGCACGGAGGCACUAUAGCCAGUAUGGUCGAUCUGGGUGGUUCAUUGGCCGUAGCUUCAAGAGGUCUUUUCGCUACAGGCGUUUCGACCGACCUCAAUGCUAACGCCGUCUCCCCGCUAUCUAGGAAGUCACCUGUGACAAANUGUAAGUUCGGCAAAACCCUCGCCUACACAUCCAUAAACUUCCACAACGAAAAGCAAGAGUUGGUUGCUAGAGGAAGUCAUACANAA